CCUGAACUCAAAUAUAUUUUAUUUCCUUUUUUUAAUAUGGACCUGUAUUAAAAUUGAUUGUAUCUUGUACAUGUAUGACAUUGGUGCCUUUUAAUGCAGCUAAAUUAGACAGCCUAUUAUUAAGCUUUUCAUAGGAUAGAACAUUUUGUCACAUUUACCUGUGUCCUACUAGUUGUCCAGGGUGUACCCCGCCUCUCGCCCAGUGUUGGCUCGAGGCCCCCACGACCCUCAUUAAUAUAAAUGGAGUAGAUAAUAGAUGGAUGGACUUGAGGUGUCAGACCUCAGUGGGGCCUAAUAACUCCAGCCUUUGUGUCAACUAUAUUCUCCAAAUAUAUGGAGUUUCAUUUAGUUUGGUGUUAAGUGAUUUGUGUUUACCACACAGCAAACCUGGGGCAGCUCUUUUGCACCCCAGGCCCUACUAGCAUUUACAUGCUAUGGGUCAAGCUUCAUUAGGGGGUGGUGGAGGGGAUUGGCUGAGCUUAGUUACAAUCAGGAACAAGGUUAUUGUUGGCAUUAAUUGUAUGGUUCAAAAACUGGAAACCAGGAUGUUUCUAAGGAGAUUGUCAGUGACAGAUGUGUAACAGUACUGAUCUUGGUGUUGCUGCUGGCUGGGUGAGGUCAGGUAUCAAAGUCAAGACAUUCAGCUAUAGGGACCAGAUUGGAUAUUUUGGGUGUCUAAAUAAGUUUUGAGCUAAGAACAAAGUUAAAGCUGUGGUUAUUUUAGGGUUUGGUUCUCAGAAAGUAGGCUAUGUCUUUACAAAAAUAUCAAAUCAAAAUGUGUGUGAGGAGUCAUGUGAUGACUCAGCAGUGUUUAUAUCAACCCAAUACCGGCACGACCACACGAGCCCGCGCGCUUACGCACGCACGCGCCCAGGUGAUCGUGCCUCAGUCACACUACCGGGACUCCCUCUCUCCAAAUAUGACUCUGAUUCCCUGUACACCGAAGCUCACACUACUGACAUGCCUUCUGACCAGUCUUACAGGAGGAGAGUGUUGAAACGAUGCCACUGCUCCAGGUUGAAUUCCCAUUCUUCAGUCAGACUUGAUAUGAAACUCCGUCUGAGUGCAUUUGUGAACAGAGCUUGAACAAAGAGCCCUGCUGGCUCCUGGCUGUGAGACACUGGGGCUGCUUUCCAAACUGCGGAUUUUUAGACACGACCAGGACCAGGACCGGCAGCAGUAGGCUUGUGACUGACCACGGCCUGAGCUGAAGACAGGGGGUCCCCCAGUCCCAAAAGUGUAUGCGUGUGUGCAGCUAUGGGGAAGGACUACUACAAGACCCUGGGUAUCCCCAAGGGCUCCAACGAGGAGGAGAUCAAGAAGGCUUACCGGCGUAUGGCGCUGCGCUUCCACCCUGAUAAAAACACAGAUGCCAACGCAGAGGAGAAGUUCAAGGAGAUCGCGGAGGCCUACGAGGUACUCAGUGACCCCAAGAAGAGGGCCGUCUACGAUCAGCUUGGAGAGGAAGGAUUGAAGACUGGAGGCAGUAGCUCUUCAGGUGCUCCUGGCAGUUCAACAUACCACUACACCUUCCAUGGAGACCCCCAUGCUACCUUCGCCUCCUUCUUUGGUGGCUCCAACCCCUUUGACAUGUUUUUUGGCUCUAACCGCAGCCACAGCCGCAACAAUGGCUUCCCCUUCCACAACGACCACAGCAAUGAUGCAGAGCAGGACAUGGACAUGGAUGAGGACGACCCCUUUGCUCAUUUUGGAAGACAGUUUGGCUUCCCAGGAGGGAUAAACAACGGCUUCCCAGGGGAGGGUCGCAGGAGGAUGGGGGUGCCAUCAGAACGCUUGGGAACCGGUCGAAAGCAACAGGACCCUCCGGUGGUUCAUGAGCUGAAGGUCUCGCUGGAAGAGAUCUUCCACGGCUGCACCAAACGUAUGAAGAUCACCCGACGCAGGCUGAACCCGGAUGGGCGGAGCAUGAGGACGGAGGACAAGAUCCUCAACAUUAUCAUCAAGAAGGGCUGGAAGGAAGGGCACACCCACUUCAAGAGAGAUGGUUCCAAUAUAAUUUUUAACUGCAAGAUCAGUCUAAAAGAGGCAUUGUGUGGCUGCACCGUUAGCAUUCCCAUGCUGGAAAACCGUGUCAUCUCUCUUCCCUGUCAUGACAUCAUCAAGCCAGGGACGGUGAAGCGACUCAGAGGGGAAGGCCUGCCUUUCCCCAAGAACCCGUCACAGCGUGGUGACCUCAUCGUGGAGUUUUCAGUCCGUUUUCCUGACAGGAUCCCCCCUCAGUCUAGGGAGAUUAUUAGACAACACCUCCCCCAGUCAUAGGGAGACUCACCUCCAACCUCCACCACCACACACUCCAGACCAAACCCAGGAAAACACCCUUAGUACACUUAACCCUCAUCCUCUCUUCACUUAUAUUUUGACCCUUACUGUAGUUCACCUUCCCAUGCCCCGUGUUAAUACACAUGGUUUGUAGGGACUUCACAGUGGAAGGAUGAUGGAAAGAUGAAGGAAGACUGCCAACACAAAUGGCAGCAUCAGGAUGUAAUUAUUUGUUUUGUCUUUUGGCCCAAGCAUACACACACAAGCACCUGAGCAGCGGAGUGGUGCCGAGGACAGGCUCAGCACAAUUGUGGCUUUUACCAGAACUUCUUUUCUUAACUCUGUUUUUUACGGAUUUAUCUGUGUUUUUUAUUCUGUCCAACUCUGAUCCUCAUCUUUUUGUGACAGGAUGAAGUGUGGGUUAUUUUUUUAAAACAAACAUUUUUUCCAGGAUUUUCUUUUCCAAAGCAGGUUUCAAAUAGGAAUAUUUAGUAUUUUUACCUUGAGUGUACCAGCAGCUUCAGUGUGUUCAGUUCAAACCCCAGAUAUAGCGUGCAGUAAGUCUCCCACUCUCGUCCUUUCAGUCUAGUAAAGCUUCAACUCCAUAGGCUGUUUACUGUUUAGUAUGAUCUGUCUCCCCUAAAAAUCGGUUGUAUUCUGUGCUGCGGUGCACUUAGUCCUGCAUUACUUCAAAUAGUACUAGCAUAUCUCAGCUGCAUUGGAAAAUCUGGGAAUGACAAUCACGUGCUCUUACAACAGUGUAAGCUUGGAUAAUACAAUCUGCACAUAAUAUGGGUGCUUUCCCUUCUGAGCUGUGUGGCUGCUCUGAACUGAAUAUCUCGGUAUCUGAGGAACAUUUAGGUGCCUUAGCCCGGUGUCAUACCACAUAUGUGAACACACACGCACAGGUCACACUGUAACAUACAGUGUAUAACCAGCCAUGUUGAGUGCACAAAAUACAAUGCCCUGCGCUGUGCUAGAUGUUACCACUGGGAGCUGGUGAUCCUAAAAAAAACAUGAAGCAAGCAAUGUAAAGUCAGCCACUGUAUGGUACUAUGUAGAAGCGAGGGCAUGUUUUAGGGAGAAAUUUGAUACAGACUGAUGAAUUUUGCCAAUGCAUCCCUGUAAAGUGCCAAACAAUUAAAAGUCGGAAUUUCCCAGAGAAUGUGAGCAUGGAGUUGAUCUGAACUAAAAGGCUGAGAUUUCUCUGGGAAACCCAGCUUUGUUGUGUAUAUUCUGCUUUCUCUUGUGCCAGUUGAAGGCCAUGUCUUGGUGCUACUGUGAGCAGUGCCAAAAAACAGACCACCUUGGUGUCUACCUUUUGGUUUCAUAAAAUCCCCAGUGUGAUUUGAUAAUUGCUUCUGUCCUUUGUAACAUCUGUAGACUUAACUCUCUGUUUUUCCAAGUAGAAAACCUAUUUAGGAGACAUGUUUUGUAAUAUUGCUGCAGCUGUUCCGUCUCAGCUGCAGGGGCCUUGGAGCUCUCUUCAGCUUUUCCUUCUGUACUUUACAGCAAAGGUAAAAUGUAUCUGAGUAUGAUUUUUACAGACAGCCAUAGCAAGUCAUAUAUGUCAUGUGUAUGGGAAAAUGUUUGCGACAUGUUGAUCAAUGCACUUUUUAUUACAUAAAAGAUGCUGACAAAGCAGAGAUGAUGGGACAGACUUAAAUGACUUGUGAUCAUCCUGCCUCUCAGAGCCUCAGAGGAUGCUGGACUGUGGCUACAACCAGAAUUGCACAUGCUGCUGCUGAAAGGCUCACUGUUACUGCUUAUGUGCAUUUUACAUUAUUUAUGAUCUUUUCAGAUUGCAAAGAAAUAAACCAAAUG